CAAGCAGCGUUCAAAAUGGGCGACAGACUACAUAAUAUUGUGAGAGCACUAUGGGUUUACCUGGUUUGCUGCCACCAAGUUCUUACGUUUGACGUGACAAAAUCUGGACAGACGUAUAUCAGAGUUGGUUCACAAAUAACAAUGACAUGUCAGUGGACAACACCAGCUGGAGAGGAUCUUCUGAGAGUAAACUGGAGACAAGGUUCUACAAUAAUAGUAACAUCCAUCACACCUAACUUUACACCAGAGAAUGGUGCAGCAAGUAUAAAGGAUCGUGCAACACUGGGCACUCUAACCACUUCAAGUACCAGUACAUCAAUAACAUUAACAGGAUUACAGUGUCCAGGUGAUAUAGCAGAGUAUUCAUGUGAUGUGCAGACUACUGCAGUAGAUGACAGUAGAGGAACCGCAAGUUUCAACGUCAAUCUCUUUGAUUUCCUGGGGAACAAUAUCACAAUCACAUCCUCACCAAGUCAGCUGAAAGCAGGACAGCAUGCCUCUCUGACUUGUACAACCAGUAAUAUUGGGCGACCACCAGGCAUCAUGAAGUGGUACAAAGGCUCUCAAGAAAUCACCACUGGAUUUACUCAACAGACAAGUAUAAAUAGUGAUAAUUGCACCUAUAAUGGAGUUAGUAGUCUGAGUAUUACACUGACAUCCCAGGAUAAUGGAGUUAUUUAUUCAUGUGUUGUUGAACCAAACUCUACAGUGAUUGGAGACUCCACAAAGCAAGGAAGGUAUACACUGGAUGUACAAUACCCAGUGCGACAGGGGCCAAGGGUGACAUCAUCCACUGGUACAUUUACAGUUGAGCAGGGAACAACUUUUACUCUCAACUGUCAGGCAAGCGGCAAUCCAAGUCCAAACUAUGUGUGGACCAGUCCAGAUAAUACCAACACCACUGGCUCUCAGCUUGUGCUGACACUGUCCAAUACUGGACCUUAUUUGUAUACUUGCUUUGCCACCAACAGUUUGACGACAACACCAUUGCCAACACGUGUCACAGUGACAGUACAAGAGAAAACUACCACAUCAACAACAACAUCCACGACAACAUCAACGACACCAGUAGCAGUAGCAUCAUCAACAGACACACUUACAUGUACAGGAGGCAAGGGUCUACAUAGCACAGGCGUGUUGGUUGGCGCAGUUGUGGCAGCAGUGGUGAUAACAUUUGGGGUCGCGGUUGCUUUAUUUGUCCUGUAUCAUAGGAGCAUGGUGCAUAGAUUUCGGAAGAAUGGACAAUCUGCUGACACUGUUGAAGUGGAUGUUACGGAAGGCAACAAUGAAUACGCCGUGCUAGAAAGAAAACCAGAUGUAAAUGAGCCGGAUCACACUUACGCAGCACUUCAAGGAAAGAUGACGUCAUUCAAUACGCCACCAAGAAAAUAACUAGGAGAAGUUCCCAGGACAGUAAACGAACGCAACAUCUACAUCAUCUUCACUGGACCAUGGAACGUCGAUUCCUCGGUUGGACAACGAACAGAAUUAGAAAGAAAACUAAUGUGUCAGAUUUCAAAACGCCGAUGUUCACAGCUGACAUUAAAAGGGUUCCGAUCUGUCCAAACCACCAAGCUAACAAUUCAACUAAAAUACAGGGUAUUUUGAUAGUGAUUUUGUCGAAAACUAGAACUGCUAAUAUGAGCUCAAACGCUAACAAUAGUCUUGGUUCGAACAAUGCCCAAAAGUAUUUUGGGGGAUGCCUGUUCUUAAUUUGUGUGAGAAAGAAAUUAUAUUUACGGUAAAAUAGCUGUAGGUAUUAUCAUUCACAUUUUAAGUUUAUUGACACUCCCUUUCGCUUUCAUAUUAUUUAUUUCGAGGGUUAUAUUAAUCGAAUACAGUGUCGAAUGUACUACGGAGAAAAGAACAUAGUGAAAGAUACACGGCCUCCGUAGCCUCUAUGAUUUUUUCAAGCUUAAACCUUUGACAAAAUUUAAAAAUCGUAAACUCGUAGGCCGUAUUAUUAUGAUAGAGGACAUUGCACAGUUCCCGUGAGGGCAUUGUUCAGUGGCCUUGCGGUAUUUGUACAUGUUCGGUGGACUUGCCGUUGAACUUAAUGUAGAUCUCUUUCCUUUAAAAUUUAGUAUUAUUCACAGUUUUCUUAUUCUGACUACAUGGAGGAAAAAAUCGUAGGGGGCUGUACCAACAACGUAUCGAUCGCACGGGAGGCUUACGGCACCUGUAUUGAGACUAAAAGGGUUCUGUAGGAUUACUUUUCAACAGAAAAACUGAUUUUUUUUCUACAUGACCUACAUGGCAAAUGUAAUCUAGGUUUUUCCUGCUGUAUACAGGUAGAAUCUCAGUUGAAUUAAUGAUCCAGAAAUAAAACCUAGUAUGAAUCUUUUCUAUCUGUCAGAUCUGUGUUUACUCGACCUUAAAUUAUGUCCUUGACUUUGGUAAGGGAAUUUCCUCGAUAUCUUGACAAUGUAGUCCUGCUUUUCCUAAUAAAUGUUUUUUUUUU